CCCGCAGACUUCGCCGAGCGGCCGCGGGCGGGCCGAGCAUGGGGUUGUGAUGGCCAUGGACGGAUACCGGGGCUUCCUGGGGCUGCUGGUGGCGGCGCUGCUCGUCGGCUUCCUGUCGGUGCUCUUCACCCUCAUCUGGGUCCUCCACUACCGAGAGGGGCUCGGCUGGGACGGGAGCGGGCUGGAGUUUAACUGGCACCCGGUGCUCAUGGUGACCGGCUUCGUCUUCAUCCAGGGCAUCGCCAUCAUCGUGUACAGGCUGCCAUGGACCUGGAAAUGCAGCAAGCUCCUGAUGAAGUCCAUCCACGCGGGGCUACACGCCACCGCCACCCUCCUCGCCAUCAUCGCCGUGGUGGCCGUGUUUGAUUACCACAGUGCCCGGGCUAUCCCCCACAUGUAUAGUCUGCACAGCUGGAUUGGACUGACCGUCGUCAUUCUCUAUGUCCUGCAGCUUCUCCUAGGUGUUCUCAUCUUCCUGCUUCCAUGGGCUCCACUCUCUGUCCGAGCAGCAGCCAUGCCCAUCCAUGUCUAUUCCGGGCUUCUCCUCUUUGGAACGGUGAUUGCCACGGUCCUCAUGGGAGUGACAGAGAAGCUGUUUUUUGCCCUGAAAAACCCUGCAUACCAUUCAUUCCCGCCAGAAGGUGUUUUCACAAACACCCUGGGCCUCCUGAUUCUGGUGUUUGGAGCCCUCAUUUUUUGGAUCGCCACCAGACCACAGUGGAAACGUCCUAAGGAAGCAGGUUCUAUCCUUCAGCCCAACGGGGGGGCUGCAGAUGGGAUGGAAGGCCCCAUGGUGGUAAGCGUGAGCAGCAGCGCGGACAGAUCGGACGCAGAGCUGAACAGUGACGCGGCCGCCAGGAAAAGAACCUUCGGCCUUGACGAGACGGGCCAGAGAUCCACCAUGUAAAAUGUUCUACAGGUAGCCGUGUGACCUCUCUUCUUAAACCCAGUCGUACCCUUUAGCUUCUCCUGCUUAGCCACAAGAGGACUGCCAAUGCUGAUUGUAGUCAUCGGCCAGGAUUUCUUGAGAGACUGUGUUGAUUGAGGCCUGGGAACUCCCCUGAAUUGGAAAGGACAUGACCUAUAUCAAUCUUAGUAGAUAGAAAUUGUCUUUAUUCUCUCUUUCUUCUCAAGGACCAAAGUGUUAGACGGUGCCUCGCCUACCCCAGGGUGCUCACGGUGCGUCUCUCGGUUGCCUGUUCGAUUAACUGGCAUCAGCCUUGUCCUGCAGUCAUGUCCUGUUAAUUCUGGGAGCCCAGGGAUCGCAGAAGUAGGUAGAGCCAGAAUAUUAGAUCAUGAAUAUUUGGAACAGGUUUUAACCCAUUGUCCCACGCAGAUAUAGUGACUAAAACACAGGAGAAAAUAACUGUAAGAAAAUAACUCGUUACUUCUCAUGGUAGCCCCCUGCUCCCUUCUGAGCUGGUAUGGGUCAGAUGGGGGCUGGACGCUAGGGUUAUCUUUGGGCAUUUUGGAGCAAUCGCUGGGCCACAGGGAGCUGAAGCGGUAUUGUCUGGUUAGACAUGGGAAUAUAUUUAAUUCUCGGCUGAGUUCUAACACUUGAGGACUUGGUGUGCGUUGCAGUCCAUCUUCUAAGCCUCCUGGAAGGCGACUGUGCCUGAAGGCUAAAGCAGCAUCAAACUGCCCUACGCACUGCUAAGAGCACUUUCCCCUAAGUUUGCUGUGUUUACUUUUUAAAAGUGCUGCCCUGGCACUUAACCAUGCACCACACACUCUUCUAAGCACUUUACAAACAUUAGCUCCCUCAGUCCCCAGACAGACUUCGUAAGACAGGUAUCUGUUAUGAACCCCAUCUGUAGGUGAGAUCGCUGAAGCUUGGAAAGGGUAGUCACGAGCAUCCACAUCACUCAGGCCACACUGCAGUCUGUCCAGGAUCCUAACCGUUUCACUGAGCUGCUUUUCUGGUUUGUAACAACUUGCACCACGUUGACCCACGCCUAACUAAACCUUUGGUGCUCUUCCAAAGAGAGUCCUCACAAGGCCAAGAAAAAAAAAGGCACCA